CAUUCAGUUGCAUUUGCACUUUUACUAAACAUUAUACACUGAGAAGAAGUAGAAAACGCAAAGAAAUUAAAUCGAUCUCUUCAAAAUCAAUUAAGACGAGAUCAAUAUGAAUGAUAAAUAUAUACGAUACAAUUUACUGUUUGCUAGCGUCAUUCUUCUUAGAACAGUAAUAAUGGGACGAUGCUCACCUCUUGAAAUUGUUUAUUCGGGCGAUAGCUGCGAUUGUCCUAAGCACUAUGGCUAUACGGUGAAUAUACCUCCAUCUCCUUCUGGCUACUACUACACUCACAACAUUUACGAUUAUAAGAUCGACAAUCCCCAAAGAAGAUAUCCUAAGCCAAGCUAUAUUUAUGGCUUCACGAUUGAAGAGCCCUACACCGCGAAGCCCUUAAUUGAAAAAAAGUUUAAUGGCUAUGCUAAAAUAGAUCGCAUUACUGCUAAGCAUCAAGAUUGUAUUGUUGAGUUAAAUUCCAAAGAGAGAACUUGCCUGCAAACUCAGCAUUCACAUCGAUAUCCUAAAGAAGUUACGACUAUAUCGCAGAGGAAUGAAACAACUAAUGCGGCAAAUGAAGCGCUUACAGCUAAAUAUGUGCAGGUGCGCCCAAGCGAUGACGUUCCGUACAUUCGCCGUAAGCGCGAAGUGCUGACAAAAGGGAGAUUUUCGCUUACUAAAGUUAAAACGACACCGAGAACGCUUUUGCCGAGCUUUAAAGGGAAAUUCUUGGAAAAAAAGGCUAAAUUAAUGAAAAUGUUUUCCAAAGCUAGAACUACUGCUAGACCUCGCAGCACUGUUCGUAGUAAGCAAAAUGCUCGGCAAAAGUUGCAGUCUCUUGGGCCGUUAGAAAAUCUAAGAAAUUUCUUACAUCUUCCAAGUAAACGCGAUAUAAAAGGUGAAUACGAUUUGAUUGAAAAAGAACGCGAUCAACAAGAUUUGCAUUUGCCCGAAAUUAUACAAUAUAUGCCCGAAACCUUGAAUCCCAAUUUCAAAAGGGCUCACUGCACAAAUGCAAAGCAGGAACACAAUAAACGAAAUUUAAAUCCCGCUAACGCAAACACUAUGUCAGUGGGAACCUUGAAGGCGCUUCCUACUGCGGUCGCAUUCGAUAGUUUACCAAGACCUUUUGCCACCACUCGCAGACAACAGAGCAUAACAUAUCAGUCACCAGCGCGAAAUUGUUUUAAAGAAAAUGCAUUUUCUACAUAUUCUACGAGAUGUAAUAUUAAGCGAAAACCGAAUCGAAUUUCCAACACACAAUUGGAACGAGCGUAUAUGCUUCUUUAAAGCAAAAUCAUUCUAUAACUAAAAUAUUGUAUUUAAAUGUGACAACGCCCGUAACACCCAUAACCUGACUAAUCAAUCUAUUAGGGUGUUUGUAUAUAACCAAUAAAAAAUUGAUAUAUUUUUAGGCCUUAAGUUUUGCGUUUCAAAUGAAACUUGUCUGCCGGACGCAAAGCCGUGCGCGGCGUACAUUCAAAGCAAUCAA